UUUUUACCGCAGAACGUCGUCUCGUCCAAACAUCUUCACUUUCACUUUUGAGAGAUACUCGCCUUGGAAUCGAAGGCGCACAUUGGCUUCGUAAGCUUUUACAGAGCUCUGCGAAAGAGCCUGCAACCGCUGCUAUAGGUGGCAUACCGAUUGGGCUUAAAGCUGCAAUAGAAAAAGAACUGGAACUCUUAAGAUCAUAUGGAAUUACUCCAGUGUUUGUAUUCAAUGGUCUCAGCGUUAUUCGCAAAGACAAACCAUUUUCAGUAGAGGAUACAAGGCCAGGAAAACGGUCACAAGCUUGGGAUACGUAUGAAAAAGGUCGAGUUGAUUCUGCUUAUAGUCAAUGGGCAAGUUCUGGAUCUAUCCACCAGCAGGAUUUAUUAUAUUUCGUGUUCAGCGUCUUCAAAGAAAAUGACGUAGAAUUUAUUCGAGCACCUUACUCUGCUUGGGGACAG